UGAAAAAGAAGAAGCAACCAACUAAUCAAAAAGUGCACCACAGUGGAGGAGAACGGUGAUAUUUUCUGGUAUCAAACACAAAUUUUGAUGACGAAGGCGAUUUUUUGUUCGUUGUUCUAUUAGCUGCAACGCAACUUGAUAGAUUGUGUUCCUGGUCUAUAGCAGACGUGAGUCCGAGAGAGCGUAAAUUUGGGGGUGGUUUUUAAAGGUGCCUGAAAGUGACAGCCAGACUUCGGGAGGAAAAAAAAGCUAAGACAGCAGGAACAGUAUACCAGCAAAAUGAUGGACGGUACGAUUGAGGAGAAUGGAAAUGUAACUCCGAUGACGGGGAGCCCACUGGAGCCAACUCAGGACAUGCUUCCGACGCAGAAGAUUACCUCCGGUAAUGGUUCGAUGGACGGUGGUCAGCAGCAGAUGGCAGCUCAGCAACAGGGCAAUAACAAUAAGGCCGAUAGUGCGACACUCUCCCCCAACUCGUUGCUGGUUGAUAUAUCGGACGCACUGAGCGAGAAGGAGCGUGUAAAAUUUACCGUCCAUACACGAACAAAUUUGCCUGGAUUUGCGAAAUCGGACUUUCUGGUAGUUCGGCAGCACGAGGAGUUUGUUUGGCUGCACGAUCGGUUCGAGGAGAAUGAAGAGUAUGCCGGUUUUAUCAUUCCGCCGUGCCCUCCGCGGCCAGAUUUUGACGCAUCGCGGGAGAAGUUACAACGGCUGGGCGAAGGCGAGGGCAACAUGACCAAGGAGGAAUUUAAGAAAAUGAAACAGGAACUGGAGGCGGAAUAUUUGGCCACCUUCAAGAAGACGGUGGCAAUGCAUGAGGUCUUUCUGACGCGGCUGGCUUCCCAUCCCGUGUUCCGGGAUGAUGCCCAUCUGAAGGUGUUUCUGGAGUUCGAUCAGGAUCUGUGUGCAAAGCUGAAACGGAAAAUUGACGUGUUUGGAGGGUUGAUGAGAAGUCUGGGAAAGACGACGGAUGAGAUUUAUCUGGGAGCAACGGUGAAGGAUGUGAACGAUUUCUUCGAGCACGAGCUGCAGUUUCUGGGAGAAUAUCAUGCGCAUUUGAAGGAGGCGGCGCUGAGAACGGAGAAAAUGACCAAUAAACACAAGGAGGUGGCCGAUUCGCACAUCCGGAUCUCUUCGGCGCUGAUGGCACUUUCGACGGCGGAGCACGGUUGUAUGGAGAAGUUUCUGGCCAAGACGGCGGAUUUUUUCGAAAAGAUUAGGAACAUGGAGGGUCGCGUGGCAAGCGAUCAGGAUCUGAAACUUGGUGAUACACUGCGGUACUAUCAACGGGACAGUAAUGCAGCUAAAGCCCUGCUUGUCCGAAGAUUGCGGUGUCUGGCGGCAUACGAGGCUGCUAACAGGAAUCUGGAAAAAUCGCGUUCCAAAAAUAAGGACGUUCAUGCGCCAUUGGAGGUGCAAGAGGCGGAAACGGCGCAAACGCAGGCUUGCGAAAAAUUCGAAUCAAUGUCCGGCCGCGGUAAGGAAGAACUGAUCAGUUUCAAAAAGCGCCGAGUAGCCGCCUUCAAGAAGAGCUUAAUCGAACUGGCUGAGCUGGAGAUGAAGCACGCAAAGUCACAGUACGAAUUCCUGCGCCAGUCGCUGCUUUCGCUGCAGGAGGCCGCUUAGGUGCAGGUGCGAUAGCAGGCGUCAAGUUAGAAUCAAACAUCAAAAAGAAGAGAAUUGUUCUGUCCGUUUCGAAUGGAACGGAAACUGUUAUCGAACAUAUGAGACACAAACACUCUUGACAGAUCGGUGCGACGAAGGUCCGGUUUAAAACUGGACCCUGGUGCGUUGCUUCGGUCAACGAUUAACUCGAAAGUAGCCGCCUAAAAGUGGGUAGAGGGACCGCCUCGCCCCAUUUAGUGUAAAGUAUAACGACAACAGUGGCUUUUUCGGCAAAUGUGAGAAUAGAGAAUUCCAUUUUUUUUUUGUAAAGCAAAAAACCCUAUCUAUAUUUUUAUAUCUGUGUAACUAAACAUUCUAGUUUACGUUGACUCUGCCUUUGUUAGUUAUUUAAGUUUUUCGUUUUGAAAUUUCGAGUUGGAUGAAAUUUACGGAAAGAGACAAUAUUAUUUCGAAUUCGAACUGCAUUGACUUGAUUGCUAGGUAGGUUAGGUAUCUUUUAUACGGGACACGAUGGAGAAAAAGCAACUAUUUUUUAUCGGCUUCAUUCCCCGUAUCGGUUUACUAAUGUACUGAAAAAUAACCAUACGCAAGGAGAUUUAUAUGCGAAGCAAUUCAUCCCCUGAUCCUUUAUUGUUGUAAUUGCAACACAGAUCACAGAAAAUGCAUUACAUGUUUUGAACCGACAGUAAGAGGUUAUCAAUAUUACAGUAGGAAGAAACGCUUAGUUUUGUUUACGAUCAUAAUCCUUAUUAUUGCUAUUAACAUAUUUAAAUUGAAACGGAAAUGAUAAAAUAUUAUGUAUAUUACUGUGAAAAAGCUUGCGAGUUUGUUG